GGUUUUUUAUUUAACACGUAGCUAGUCCAGUUCACCCUCCCACACACAUAUAGCUCUAGAUACAACACACACACUCCUCCUUCAUACACACUCUCACACAAACAUUUAACAGGAGAGGAGCUUCAAAACUGUCUGAGUUGACGACAAACCACCUUUACGCAAGGACGUUAUGCACUUUCCCUGCGGAUUUCUUUGAGAACAAGUUCGUUUUUGGCAAUUUAUGAGCAUUUAAAAGCUGUUUCGGCUUCAUUUUCGUUAGAAAUCGUUUUUUCCUGCGUUAUUUUACGCGUAAACGAGACGAAAUGGAAAGGAUUACAAGCGCACAGCCUCCACCGUGUAUGACCAAACACCCCUCUAUGGAUAUUUCAGAUAUGCCGGGAAUGGAUUUCCCAAUGUAUGUGUACAAACCUCGGAGAGGCAUGAAACGAGGAGACGACAGCAAGGAUACGUACAAGCUGCCACAUCGCUUGAUUGAAAAGAAGAGACGUGACAGAAUAAACGAGUGCAUCGCUCAGCUGAAGGAUUUGCUCCCUGAACACCUUAAACUCACUACGCUGGGCCAUUUGGAGAAGGCCGUGGUGCUGGAGCUCACGUUAAAGCAUGUGAAAGCCCUCAACGGCCUUCUGGAACAGCAGCAGCAGCAGAUCAUUUCAUUGCAGAGCGGAAUGCAAAUUGGUGAUCAGAGCAAUGGCAGCUCAGAAAACAGCGAAGAGAUGUUCCGUUCCGGUUUCCAUCUCUGUGCCAAGGAGGUACUCCAGUAUCUGGCCAGCUUGGAAAGCACACGGGACCUGACCCCAACACACGUUGUCAACCACCUGCACAAAGUGGCUGCUGAGCUCCUGCAGCGUCCAGCCAGCCCCCGCCUGGACACGCCCUCGCCUGGUCGCAAGGGUCAAGAGGCCAGGGAGAAGGCAGCUGCUCCCCAGCCCUGCUCGCCGGAGGGCCACGCCAAAAACUGUGUCCCGGUCAUUCAGAGAACGUACAACCCCCAGAUCAGCGAACAAAGCGGCAGCGACACAGACACAGACAGCGGCUACGGGGGCGAGCUGGACAAACGAGACUCCAAAGGCCAGAGAAUCAGCUACUACAGCAAAGACGCCGCAGAGAUGAAGCACGGCCGGUACGGCAGCAUCAAGGAGGAGCGAGACGAGCCCCAGGCCAAGCGGGUCAGGUCGGAUUCGUCCGAGGACGAGUCUCUGUCGGGUCACGAGUCGCACGGCGGGUACGUGAGCUUCUCGCCCCACCAGCCGCCGCUCUGCAUGCCCUUCUACCUCAUCCCCCCCACAGCGGCAGCUGCUGCCGCCUACCUGCCCAUGCUGGAGAAGUGCUGGUACCCAGGGGGCAUGCCUGUGCUGUACCCGGGCAUCGGGGGCUCCACGGCUGGGCUGUCUCCUGAAAAACUGCCCUCGUCACUGGUCAUGUCUCCGAGAGUAGCCUCCCCGGCUGCCCCUCAGACCCCUAUGGACUCUCCUGCUCUCCUUCAGGCCCUGAAACAGGUGCCCCCCUUAAACCUGGAAACCAAAGACUGAACUAACUAACUAUAAAUAAAUAAAUAAAUAAAAACACCCCCAGCCCACCCUCUGAACGAAUGGUCUUGGAAUGGUGUUGAAAGAGGAUGGAGGGGUUAACACUGUAAGAGCUGUAAGAGGGGGAACAACUAUAAUAAUGAUGAUGAUGAACAUCUGCUCGGUCUUCAUCUCCAUCGCCGCUGCCCACCAGCCUCCCCCCACCCCUCCAAAAAAAACAAACAAAAAAAAAAACUCGCACCUACACCACCACCCACCCUCAGAUGGCUACUCAGAUCAGACUGCUACUUAUAAAACAUGCGCGCACACACACAAAGAUACGCAACAGAUACGUGGCCACAACAUCCCUCUCUUCCUCCCUCCAUUUCUACCUUCCUCUCGCUUCCUCUCUGUACUCCUCCGGCACACGAGAGUCCACGUGGAGACAGACAGACAGACAGAUGAAUGGAUGGACAGGUGCGAGCACACACAAGAGCGAGAGGAGCACCACGAGUAGAGAAGGAAGCCCAGAGAGAGAGCGCCGUUUCGUUUCGAGUCACUGUGAAGAAGAAGAAGGAGGAGGAUGAACGAAAAAAGAUAAAGUAAAAAAGGACACUGAAUUGUCCGGUUCGAGGAAGGACCGCACCGAAUGGGAGGCUCUGCUCCCUCUGCACUUCUGCUGAAUGUUUGAAUAAAAGUUCAAAAAAGAAAAAAAAAUCUGAUUAAUAAACAACAACAAAAAACCCAAAUCCAGAAUGUGACGUGUUGCAGACAGUCCCCUAAAACCGACAAACUCUGGUGAUAAGCCCUUUGCACACAUCUUUCUGUUUUGAAUGUAAACAAAUGUCUUUCUUUUUUUUUUAAGAAAAAAAAAGGUAACUAGACAAACCCCUGUAGAUGCUGCUGCUGCUGUGUUUUGUGUUGGAUGUUUUAUCUGUGCUGCAGAGAACGAGAGAAAACCGAGCGAGGCUUUGUUUCUAUUUUUUUCUCCACACUGUCUCACGGACUCUGUGGCUGCUUUAAUAAAAUGAAAGACUUGUCCUCUUUUAGCCUAGAAUGCUACCAAAUAACGGUCUGCUGUAGAUGACCAGAGCUAUCAUGAGAACACGACAACAUUGGUAAUAGCUACAAACAGAUAGACAGACAGACCUACAGACUGCCCAUCAUCUCUCCUCAUCUCUUGAGUUCCAUCUCCAACUCGUCACCCCACAGACUGAAGAACGCUCGUGCACCCCCCCCCCCCUCCCCCCUCCUUAAACGCUCAUGCAGAACGCAGGUGGACCCCAGAACCCCGGGUCACUCGUGUAAAUACGGGAGUAAUGUAACCAUGACUGCUUUUUUUUUGUUUUGUAUUUCUCUCUUGUUUUUUUUUUCCUUAACUUUUGUCCUCCAGCGCGAGAGUGAGAGUUCCUUCUUUUCAGUUUGUAAUUCAUUCAUUGUUUGUGCAAGUAGGUGGGGUACUUGUGUGGUAACUACGCUGUGUAAUUCAUUUGUUUAUACUACUUGUACAUCUAUAUUUUUGAUACAUGACCCACAAAUUUGUUGUGUGUUGUUCGCAUUGAGGGGCAGGAAAAAAAAAAACAA